AUGAGUACUGCUGCCAUCCAGUUCGACCCGGGUUUUAACCACUUCAGUAUGGGUAGUCGAUCCUCCUUCACCUGGCCUGUCUUGGAGUCUGGUCCUGGUCUCCUCGGUCAUGACCUCUCAGCAUACCCCACGGAUCCCAGCCUGACUCCCCCAAGUGGAUCAAGAUCUGUCACUGCCAGCCCGCCUCGCGGCACCCUGACGCCAGAGCAAAGAGAGCUGAAGCGUCAACGCGACCAGGCUCGCCGAGACUCCAAGGUAUCUCAGCGCAUUCGAAGAGCCGGCAGCAACUCCUCUCAGGGCGGCUAUGAUGUGAACUCUCCGCCGUCCACCAUGGCAGACUUGACCAGCUCAGUCUCUCUUCCCAGCAUCCCAGUAUACACCACAGCACCGACAGAUAUCUCCCUUCUCACGGAGCCCACAACCCUGGCACCGCAACUGGUCCUGCCGCCCUACUCGCCUCCCCUGCCGAGCUCAACUCAGGGCAUGUUCCCAAGCCCCUACGCUACUGGCCCUUAUAUGACGGACUACGGAGCAUACCCAGCUUCGACCGGUGCGAACAUGCCAGCACACUACGGCUCCGUUGGACCAGAGUCAAUGAUGUACUCCAUGCCGCCAGUCAUGCAGGGAGGUGCCCCAUCGCAAGAGGGAGGUGUUCGAGUGGUUCAGAGCAGGCCGAAGCCGCAAUGCUGGGAGCACGGAUGCAACGGACGUCAAUUCUCAACCUUCAGCAACCUGCUUCGACACCAGCGAGAAAAGUCAGGACAGGCAGCCAAGGCAACGUGCCCCAACUGCGGUGCUGAAUUCACGAGGACUACUGCCCGAAACGGCCAUCUAUUACACGACAAGUGCAAGCAGCGACGCAGCACGUAA